UGUACACAUUGCAAAAAAUUACAUAGGUAAUAUCAAUCACCGCUGUUUUUAGUUAUCGCGGGUAUUAAUCUCAUUUUAGAUGAUACACUUCCUGUACGUUUUUGUAUAUAUUUAACUAUAAAUCGAUAAAGGAAGGAAAAUGACGGAGCAAUUAAAGUUUUUAGUCAAAGAAGUGAACGCAAGUCUCGGCAGGAACUACGAUCUUAUAAAGUUCGACGCGUUGAACGAGAAGCAACUUCUCCAACUGCUGGUGGACUUGCUUGUUCAUUUCAAUGCAGGUGAUAAGCUGGAUGUGGAUGAAGACGAGCCCGAGACGGUAUCGAUGCGUCUGCUGGAAAUGCUGGGCAGCGUGAAGUACCGGCCGCCGGCGGCCACGGAGCCGGCCCGGUUCCGCAGCCAACUGCUGGCGGGGGACGCCCGCACCGUGCACCACGUCCUGCAUUGGCUGCUCACCAAUAAGGAACAAGUCAAGAACACCGCAUAUCUUGCUAAAUAUCUCAAAUUGCCGGACAUUCCAACUGACGUAGCUCAAAACAACAACAUUCAAGACAUGCUAGAUCUGUAUCAGAACCUAAUGGAUGAGUUCAAAGAUGUGCACAAGCGAACUCGGAUGUUACAGAAGGAAAGCGCUACGGAAAUUAUUAAUGAUAUCAAGGAAAUGGCAGUCGAGAGAGACAUCGUGAUAAAACGCUUAGAAAAUGUUCAGGUUAACUUGGUGGACGUAUCUAAUAAGGAAGAAUUGUUGAAUAUGAGUAGAUCGCUCAGAGUUCAACAAGAAAAAGCGAAAGAAUUGGAAAGUCAGUACGAUGCACAACAGUCGCAACUAAAAAUGGCGUCAGAGCAGUUAAAGAGAUAUUUGAACGUGAUGCACGGACAGAGCGCCACGCCGAAGACCGUCAACGAGGUCAUAAAACAUUUGCAAGAAGAAAUUCAGUUAAAUAGCUACUUAGUGAAGGAGAAGCUCCCGCAAGAGACAACUCAUCUGCAGAGAGAGUUGAACAUAAUGCAGAAUAUUGCGACCGAACAACAUCCGACAAGAUCUGACUUGGUGCUGGUUCAAGAUAAGAUAGCUGUGGUGAAUAGCGAAUUGGAGCAGUUAGUGCAACGUCGCCUAGCCUCAGCUGGUCCGCAGGAGGACAAACUGGCUCCGUUUCGACAGCAAGCAGCCGUCAUCAGGCGGAACAAGGACGCCAGUGCCGCGCGCGUUCACGAGUUGACGGCCACUCUGAAGGAACACGAGGCAACACUUGCUGAUCUGCAGUCUCAGGUUAAGCAGCUCCUGGGGGACACGGUGCUCCGCGGCGAAGAGCUGAAGAAGUACGUGAAUUCGUUACGCACCAAGAGCACGGUGUACAAGCGGCAACGCGCGAACCUUUCCACUUUCAAGAUUGAAGCAGGAAUAUUGGCAAGAACUUUACAUAUUAUAAGCACAAGUGACCCUACUGUUGAGUUGGCUCUCGUGAAUCACAAAAAACUCAAAAUAGAGGAUGACGAAUCAAUGGAAAAAGACAAAGUCACUGACUUAACUAAAAAAUCUUUACACGAUUUGUCACAGCUAGUGGCGCAAACGGCACAGAAGUUAUCACAGGUACGUCAAGAAAUCCAACCUUUGGCAGACAAAAUAAAGCCUAUAAAGGAGGAGUUCCAAACAAUCCAACAACAGUACGAACAAAAGAAGCGAGUUUACGAAGCAACUUCAAUAAACAUAACAUCCCAAAUGGAACCCCUUAAAACCCAAGUGAAAGAUUUGACUGACCAGCUGAAUAGCAAGGAGGAUGAAUGGAAAAAUUUGCGGCAGAAAAUAACAAAAGCCGAAAGUUUGCAGGAAGUCGUCAUGUUUGAAAUGAAAAAUUCUAUGUUGUCGCCAAGGAAGCCAUCAAAAAUGGAGGCGUUGAAAAAAAAAGUUGCUGAAACAGAACAAAUUGUGAAAAAUUUGGAGGAGGAACAACGCGCGAUCAGUUCUCGGCAGGGCGAUGUGGAGCAGCAGACGCGGCUGUGGGAGAACACGCUGAAGCUGCUGCAGUGCAAAUUGCGCGCUCGCACCGAGCCCGCCAGGACCGGCCGCAUGCACAUCACACAGCAUUCGCAGAUGCUCACACUCACAUGAAUUUACUAAUAUCUUGUUAUUAUCAUACUAUUAAUUGGAUUAUUGGGUUUAACACGUCGAACUCAGUACCUAUUUUUAAAGACUGCACUCUACUUCAUGUCCAAACUAAAAAAAAACAUUGAAUUCAAAUAAUUGAAAUCAAUGGCCUGUUGUUGGUAAAAUUAGUUAGUAGAUAGAUAAGUUGUGAGAAAGUCUACUUCAAACCUUUAUUCUUAUAAAAGUGAGCUUCAACGACAGUAUCGUUAUCUUUAUCUGCUGUUGACAUUUUUAAAUAAAGGUCUUACCCAUGCAAA